AUGUCCGACGCGCCGCCCUGUUCUGGUGUAUCUGGUUUACUGUUGGUCAUUUCAACGUCGCUGGCGACGUCGUUCUCGUCGUCUCCAUUCUGUCCCAGUGCAUCUUCAUGUCCAUCGCUUUGUAGCUCCUCGUCCUGCUCUGCCUCCACAGCUUCGUUUUGGGUCGCGUCUACCUCGUCCGCUUCUUCGCCGUCUUCUUCCUCAUUCUCCUCGUCAAGUUCAUCCUCAUCCUCAUCUAAUUCAUCGUCCUCUUCCAAUUCCAAUGCAUCGGUCUCUCUCCGGACAAACGAUUCUGCCACUUCAGGCUCAUGCUCUUCCAAGAAGAACACGGUGGUGGACAAAUAUGGGUACGAACUUACUCUGUUUCCCGACGUGAUUCCCAUUUUUGAGUAUCUUAAAGAACAAAAAAUCCAAAUCCUGACCGCGUCUCGUACAGCUACGCCUGCUGUGGCUCGGAAAUUGAUCAAACUCUACGGAUUAGAAAAGUACAUCGAUGAUAGCGAGUGGGGUUCAGGUUCCAAGAAAAAGCAUCUAAGUAAACUGUCUUCCAGAACGGGGAUCCCGUUGACCAAUAUGUGUCUGUUUGACGACGAAUACAGAAACAAAGAUGUGGAGGAGAUUGGAGUGAAAUUCUGCUACCUGCCUAAUGAACAAAUCACCUGGAAAGAGUUCAAAAGUCAAAUAGAGAGCUACAACUAA